AUGGCUUGCUUGCAAGAAUGGGAUGCCGACAGGCGUCAGGCGGCGCAUGCCGAGAAGUCGCUUGCCGUGCGGGAGCUCGUGCGCCUCUCCCUGCGCGUGCAGUCCACGGGCGUCGUCGCGGAGCUUCAUCUCGACACGGCACUGGUUGCUCCGAGCGGCAGCGGAGCUGAUCACGAGCGACGAAUUCGCCGGGGAUGCCAGGCAACAGAUGGGCGCGCAGAUAAUUGGCGUGGCGUCCUAAACAACGCGACCGACGAGCAUGCUCAACUGCUGCGCGACGCUCUCUGCGACCCCGACUUUUGUAUGCGCUUUGCCAUUCGCCGCCGCAUUGGCUCAGGGGGCACAGUCCGCUUGCAGUGGCUCUUCCGCACGAAUAGCGUUGUUGGCCGCAUGCGUCCUGGCAUCGGGAGGCAACACCUUAAACUUUUCAGGCCCUCCAAAUUCGGGUCGGAGCGUAGCGGAGUGGGCCCCGAGUUUGAAAAAGGGCGACGGACGCUUGCGUCCUAG